AAAUCUUACUGUAGUUCUGUCAAAAUGGAAAUCCGGAAAUUGUCAUUUUUAUGAUAAUUUUCUGGACCAAAAACUAAUUGAGAUAUAUUAUAAUCACAUAUUCGUUAACUACUUGUUAAAUAAAAAAAUUCAAAUUUUAUGCCUGUGAUCAAAUAUUUUAUAAUUAUAAUAAUAAUAUGUAUAUACUCAGCCCUACGGUCGUUGUGUUCCUGAUAAUCAUCAGUAACAUUCAAGGUGAGUGUUUAAUUUAUGUUUCACCUAUUAGGUAUAUUGAAUUAAGUAUAAAUCAUUUAAUUUUAGGUAAACGCCUCAAUAAAUAUGUGUCUCAUUUCGAACCUGUUACGUAUGAUCAUGAACAUUUGGCCCAUAGUCAUGAAAGGGCGAAACGAUCAGUAACUAAUAGUGACAGUAAUGUGCAUGUAACGUUUAAGGCACACGGUCAUCACUUUCAAUUAAGACUUCGUCGAGAUUUAGAAACAUUUUCCAAUACUGUAGAAGUGUUAGAUAGUUCCGGAAAUCGGAUACAUCCUAAUGAUGUAGAUACAUCUCAUAUAUAUCAUGGUUAUAUUGUUGGUAAGUUGUCAUUUUUAAAUUACUUACCUAAAUUUUUAUUUAAAAUUAAUCCAUGGGUAAAUGGAUAAAUGGUUCUUGUAGAUUUUUGUUUAACAUAUAUAUUAGUAUACAUUGAGCUAAGUUGAGAAUUUAAAGUUAUAAUUAAGUAUUUAACUUGUGAUAUUUUAUUUUUAUUGAAGAAACAAUACUUUUAUUUCAGUUUAAACCAACUACAUCAAUAGAAAUUUGAUCAUAGAGUUUAUUAAAAUUGUUCACUGUUUUCAUAAUUUUGGUUUUAAACAUUUUAGUGUCCAAUUAUGAUCUGUUGUAUCUACCUUACAUUUGGUUGUUCAGGUCUGUGUUUAUGUGUUGGAAGUAAGUUGUUAUGCUCUUAUCUAACUUUAUGAAUUAUUUUCCAUUGCCUUUUUUGACUAAUCAGACUUUCUAUUUUGAAUAGUUAAUAAUAUAAAACCAACAUAGAUGCAGAUAAUUUUUGUGGAAAUGUUCUUUAAUUUAUUAAUUAUUAUUAAUUGGUAGUGAAUAUAUUUGCAAUUAUUAUAUUAUUAAAUCAUUAAUUAUUGUUCAUAAAGUCAUAAUGUUUUCCUAAAUGUUUUGUAAUCAAAACUACAAGUUAAAAUUUAUUACUCGAAUAGGUAGGUACUUUUUUAUCAAUAUUAUUUUUGAAAUGUUUUAAACUUAAACUAAUGUUUUAUAUUAAAAAUAGUUUUUAAAGAAAAAUAAUUAUAAAACAAAUAAUCUCAUUUUUCUUGUUCCAUACAAAAUUUUAAAUUUUUCUAACUAUUAUGUAAACCAGCAGUUUUUAAACUGUAGUAUGUGUUUCACUGGUAGUACGCAGAAGGUCACACGGUGUACAGAAAAAAAAAUUAAAUAAUAUUCAUACAAAAUAUUUUUAAUACACCUAAUACUAUAUUUUAUAUUAAUAUUGUAUUGAGGUAUUUUACUGUCUUAUACUCUUAAUGUUUUGAAAUAAAUGCAAAACCAUUAUGAAUUGCUCAAUUUUUAGUUGUAUGUGACAGAUCUAUAAUACAUAUAAGUAGUACGCAAAAUUAAAAGUUUAAAAACCUCUGAUGUAAACAAAUAAAAUGUUAUUAGUACAUAAUAUAAACAAUUUAAAUUAUUAUUUAGACAAAUAGUAAUAUGACCCCAAUUAUAAUUUAUGAAACUAUGAUUACAAUUAAUUAUAAUUUAGUUUAAUUUCCUUACUUUUAUUUGUUAAAAGAGGGGGAAUUUAGAUCAAGGCUAUAAUUCAAGUGGGGUUACCUUCUUUUGUAAGCCCCUUUUUUCAACACAAUAAAUAUUAAUUGAUCAUUAAUUUCAGGGUCGGUAAAUUGGUUAAAACAAGUAUUAAAAUACAUUUUUAGUUUGUCACUCAAUAAACCACUAAUAUUAAUAUUUUAAAAUUUAAAAUCUCGAUAGCAAACAUUAUAAGUUAUCGGUUACCUAAAUAUUGUUUAAUUUACUGCAAAUAUAUUCAUUCAUUCAUAUUGUAUUUAUUUUCACUUUGAAAAAACGCCUUUUUUUGAUGAAUGUAAACUUAUUUAGCCUAUAGGCAUCCAUUAUGAUGAUUUAUUUAAACCUAGUUCUAUGACUUAUGCAUCUAGUUUUAGAUUCUGAGUGAAGCGAGGAAUGUAUUGGUUUUACUGUGUUAUUUAUUUUUAAUUUUUUCUGUGGACAACUUUUCCUCCAGGAAUUUUACUCCGAUUUACAAUAUCAACACUUUUUCUAAAAGGAAAUCUGUUUAGGGAGGGUUUUUUUUUCCCAGGAGUUUUCCUAAUACAUGAGAAAAACGGGAAACUGUUCGAAAUGUAGAUAUUAGUAAAAAAAUAUUAAGACUUUUUUUUUCCCCCCCUGUGAACAACUUUUCUAUUGGAAAUUUUACUCUGAUUUAAAAUAAUAGCACUUUUUCUGAUACAAAAUCUGACUGAGGUGGUACUAUAGGGAGGUAAUUUUUGAUUUUCCCAGGAGUAUUCCCAAUAAAUGGGAAAAUAGGUACAAUAUUAAACAAAUAUUAUUCAAAGAAAUGUUUAUUGCAUAUGUAAUUAUUUUACCAUAUGACAUAUAAAUUGUUGACAAAGCAACACUAUCAACCGUACUCUGCUCAGAAUCGUUUUUUCCUUCAUAAUGGUUAAUCGUUGCUUACAGAUAUAUAUUAAAAUACUGUUUAUAUCUUACCUUCCCAACUUCCCACUUACAGUAGUGACUGCACCCGUCUCUAUUAUCCUAGAACAACUUUUUUUUUCAGUUUUACCUUCUACAUAUGUCUAUAUUUAUAUGAAUAUAUUAUAAUUCUUAAGCAUUGAAGUAAAAAUUUAGUCUUAAUUGUAAUUAUACUUUUUGUAACACUUACUGUAUAAUAUAGAAUAUUUAUUAUAUUUUACAAUGUGAAAAAGGGAAGAGAUGACCUAGAAAAAACUUUAUGUCGCUGAUUUUUGGGGAACUUGGCUUAAAAUACAUUAAAAGUGUUAAUAUUAAAAUUAAAAUAUAAGACAAAGGAAUAGAAAAGAGUUGUAGGAAAGCAAUACCCAUUUGAAAAUUAAUAGACCUAAAGAAGAAGAAACAGUGUAACAAAUCAGUCUAUUAUUUCUUUUUUUAAUUUUAAUUUACAGAUGAAACAAACAGUGUAGUGUUUGGUUCAAUAAUUGAUGGAGUUUUUGAAGGAAAAAUCAUAUCACCAAAAAAAGGAAACUAUUUUAUAGAAAAAACUAAUAAAUAUAUUCAUCCUCAUGGUCACCUUAAAGCCAAUGAAGAUUUUCAUUCUGUUAUCUAUAAAGAAGAUGAUGUGGAUAAUCCAUAUCAUAACUCUUCUAGUGAUUAUAUUAUUAUUUAUUAAUUUACUAAAUUUGAAUUAUAGUAAAAUAUUUUAUUCUUAAAAUAUUUUAGGUCAUUUUAGUGGAUGUGGAGUAACAGGAUCUACAAAACAAAGUAUGGAAACAAUCCAAUAUUCUGCUAAUCCAUGGAAUGUUCAACAGCAAGAUGAAGAAAGACCUGCUUAUAAGUACACAAGACAAGCAGCUGAUGAACACCAUCAGCACCAAGGACCUGUUCGAACAAAACGUGCUACAAAACUUAAGGAAGAACGCAAUACUUGUUCACUAUAUAUCCAGACAGACCCUUUGUUAUGGAAACAUAUAACAGAACAAGUAAAUAGUCUUAAAAUUUAUUUUGUCUUCAAAUUUUUGUAUUUUAUUAAAUAUAUUUUAUAGGUUGGUCAAGAUAAAACAAAAACAAGAGAAGAAAUAUUGUCAUUAAUAGCUCAUCAUGUUACUGCUGUUAAUUAUAUCUAUAGAGAUACUAAAUUUGAUGGACGCAUUGAACACAGGAAUAUUAAAUUUGAAGUUCAACGAAUUAAAGUAAAUAAUAUAUUUAUUUAUGUGUGCUUAGUAAUUAUUAUAUUCUUGUUAAUUUUUAAAUUAUUUUUCUUUUAAUUGUGCUUAAAUAUUUUGAUUAUUUUAAAGUUUUACUAAUUUUUUUUCUUCUAGAUUGACGAUGACGAACCUUGUCAUGCUAAAUGGUCCGGUGAACAAAAUCCAUUCUGUAUGGAGAAUAUUGAUGUUAGUAAUUUUUUAAAUUUGCAUUCAUUGGGAAACCAUGAAGACUUCUGCCUAGCAUAUGUGUUUACCUAUAGGGAUUUCACUGGAGGCACUUUAGGUCUAGCUUGGGUUGCCAGUGCAUCUGGUAAUUAAGUUUUAAUAAUUCUAAAAUAUUUGGCUCUUUUGUUAUUUAUUUUUUUUUUUUUUUAUCAGGUGCGUCUGGUGGAAUUUGUGAGAAGUACAAAACAUAUACAGAAACUAUUGGUGGUUUAUAUCAAUCAACUAAACGUAGUUUGAAUACGGGUAUUAUAACAUUUGUUAACUAUAAUAGUAGAGUACCGCCAAAAGUUUCACAGUUGACAUUAGCCCAUGAGAUUGGUCACAAUUUUGGAUCGCCGGUCUGUAGAAUAAAAUAUAUUUAGUUUUCAUUGUUUUAUUUUUUUAUUUUUUUAUUACAGCAUGACUUUCCACUUGAAUGUCGGCCAGGUGGUUUAAAUGGUAAUUAUAUUAUGUUUGCAUCUGCUACUAGUGGUGACCGUCCAAAUAACAGUAAAUUCUCUACAUGCAGUAUAGCUAAUAUUAGUAGUGUAUUGGAUGCCAUACAAGAUAAUAAAAAAAGAAACUGCUUUAAAGGUGCAAAUUUAAUUAAUAAUUUUUUAAUUUUUAUUUGUAUUUAAACCUAUUAAUUAUAUUUAACAGCCAGUGAAGGUGCAUUCUGUGGUAACAAGAUUGUUGAAGACGGUGAGGAGUGUGAUUGUGGAUAUGAUGAUGAAGAAUGUGAUGAUAAAUGUUGUUAUCCUAGACAAGUUGUUGAAUCGGAACGGCUUCGUAAUAGUUCGGCUAAGGGUUGUGCUCGUCGAGCACAAACUGAGUGCAGGUAUGUUCAAAUUCAACAGAAAAUAUUAACUAGGAUUUAUUUUAUUUUAUUUUUUAAUUUAUUAAUGUUUUAUUGUUUGUUUAGUCCUUCACAAGGACCGUGCUGUUAUGCUGAUACCUGCCGUUUUAUUCCGUAUAGUCGUUCAGUUAAGUGCCGUGGUGAAGGUGACUGUAGUUUUAGUUCUUAUUGUGAUGGUACCACACCAGAAUGCCCUGUACCACCUGCUAAGCCUAAUAAAACCCGUUGUAAUGAAGGGACACAGGUAAAUACUUAAUGUUAUAAGUUAUAAUUUACAAAAUCCAUUUUAAAAUAAUUUAUAACAUGUUUUAUUAUUUUUUUUUUUAAGCUUUGCAUUAAUGGUGAUUGCACAGGAUCCAUUUGUUUGGAAUGGGGGUUAAAUGAAUGUUUUUUAACAUCACAAAUUAUACCUAACAUUGAUAAACGUAAGCUGUGUGAACUAGCUUGUAUGAAUGGCACUGAUUCACAAACCUGUCGAUCAACUAGUGAGUUUGCUGCCGCAGUUAAUUUACCUCUUGGUGGCAUUAGUCUUAGGCCAGGAUCCCCUUGUGAUAAUUUUCAGGUGUGAAAUAUUUCAAAUUUUCAUUAUUUUUAUUAUUUUAUAAUUCUGAAAGAAUUUAGUAAAUAAACCCAGUAAUAUAUUAUUUUCUUUAGGGUUAUUGUGAUGUAUUUUACAAAUGUAGAGCGGUUGAUGCUGAAGGACCAUUAGCUAGAUUAAAAAAUAUGCUCCUCAACAAACAAACACUCCAAACUCUCCAACAGUGGGCUUUAGUAAGUAAUAAUUUUCUUUAAUCUAAUCAAAUGGUGACAAUAUUAAUAAGGAAAUACAAAUCAAUUAUGUAUUUUAGAAUUUAAAUUUAAUCUACAUUGAUGAGUACUAAAAUUGCAAUAAAUUAUCUUGUAAAUAUAAAAUAUCUAUUAUAUAGUUGUUGUUUUUAGGAAAACUGGUGGGCUUGUAUGUUAAUGGGUGUAACAUUUGUUAUUAUAAUGGGAGUAUUCAUAAAAUGUUGUGCAGUACACACACCAUCUUCAAAUCCAAAGAAACCUCCUGCACGAAGGUUCAGUGAAACGUUAAGAAGACCUAUUACAACAUUGCGUAGAAUGGUAAUUUACUAACAUUUAUUGUUUUUAUUGCUUAUACUAAUAUAUUUUUUCAUACAGAGACAUCAUCCUCAAGCAUAUGUAUCACAACCCAGAUCUAGUAGAGUUCCAGCUCAUGGAUAUGGUGAGGGUAGAGGUCAUUAUUAUGCACCCAGAGGUAGUACAUAAUAAUUAGUACCUAAUUGUGUUGACCUGUUUUUUUUAUUAUUAAAAUUUGUAGCAUCUGCGCCCCCUGCUGCACAAGGUCAUUCAGAUCGCCGAAAUGCAUUCCCAAUGAGGCAUCAGCCACAACAUAAAGUGUGAUAGUAAGUUAAUGAUAAAAUUAUUUUUAAAAAUUAAUAUUGAGAUGAGUUAAAUUAACUAUCUAACAUUUUUAAUAUUUAACUGUCUUUUUAGUGUUCAAUAAUAAAUUUAAAUAAGACAGAACUGGUAAAUUGUUUAAACUCAAAUAAAUUGUUUAUCAUAAUGAGUGUCUGUUAAUAAUUAAUCUAGUUGGCGUAUUGAGAGGUUAUCUUUCAAUUUUAGUUUUCUACACAAUCGUAAAAAUAACUGACAAUUUUUACGAAAUAUUUUUAUACAGUAAAUUCCUUUUAAUGUGGGCAGGUUGGGACUCUUUACAUUUAUCUACACUAAGUACUUGCCCAUUUUAACCAAAAUAAUUAUCAUUAUAAAUUAGAACCGAAACCAGACCAUUAUGUCCAUAUUAGGCGAUUGCUCAGAUUAAAUGGUGGCAUAUUAAACGGAAUCUACUGUAUUGUUUUUCUUUAUUAAAACAAACAAUUUGUAUACAAAUUACAUAUAAUACAAUAAGCAAAUUUUAGAAUAAUAGAUAAAUAGACACGGUGAAGGAAAGUUAAAAUAACUUCAAAUAAUGAGUUUUUUAAUUAUUUAAAUUCCUUUUAAACUCUAUUUUUAUUUAGUAUAGGUUUCUUUGAUAAAAAGAUCACAUGAUCAAAAUAGAAAAACGUAACAUUGUAAUUUAGUUUAAUACUUCAAUUUUGAGUUUGAUUGACUACAAAAAGAAUAUAUUUGUAAAAAUAUAAUAAUUAUUAAUUUAUAUUUUUUUUUUUUAGUUGUCAAGUUUGACGGCCCUAAACCAAAGUUGAUAAUGGCAAUCCGAAAUAUUCGGUAAUCUUAUCAUCGUGUUUAGAAACUAUUAAAUUUAUUUAUGUAUUAAUGUUUUUUUGUACAUAGCCGAAUGGAACCAAAGUGAUUGAAUAUAAUAUAUAUGAAACUUAUAGUUGUAUAAUCACCCUGUGUGUGAGGUGCUGGUCACAAACAAAGGCAGAUUAUAAUUUGACAUAUUAUAUAUUUAUAUUUAUAUAUUUUUUUCAUUCCUUAUAAGCAUUUUUAAAAAUAAAUGUGUAUGACUAUUGUAUAUCAAGAAAAAUAAUAUAUAUAUAUAUAUAUUAUGUAUACAUUUUUAUUUGAAAUGUUCCUUCAUUUUGAAUUUAGGAUCAAAUAAACUAUUUAUGAUAAAACUUACCAAAAUAAUGAUGUAUUUUUAUUAUAUAAUAUGUGUACAUUUUUGUAUUUAAUUAAAUAACGGAAACAAAAAAUGUAUUUGUCAAGGGAAAGGUAAAUGAUACCACUCCGAAAUAUCAACCAUUUUUGUUUCUUUUAAUCCGCAUUUUUUUUUAAAAAAUUUAAAUUUGACAUUUUUUAUUGUUUUUAUUAUAUAGAAUUAUUUUUACUCAUUUAUCAUAGUCAUAUAUAUUUUUGAUACAAUCUGCCUUUGUUUGCUUGAUUUUUUUUCCCACCAAAUAUUUUAUUUAUAUAGAACAAAAAAGUAUUUAUAUUAUAUAUUAUCUUCCUAUUAUUUAUGUAACUCAUGAACAAAAUAUUACCUACUUAAAACUACUUCAUUUCACAAAUACUCAUUAAUUUAUCAUAAGCAUAAUAUAUUAGUCUAAGUGUAAUACAAAUAUAUGAUUUAUUUAAUAAAGACAUUUUCAAUAUAUAUUUUAAAUUAAUUAAAUUUGUAAUGUAUGAAAUAAUAAUAAUAUAGGCGUCCUGAAACCCAAUGGUUGUUUUUUUAUUGUAAAUUUUAUAUUAAGUCGAGUUAUUCAUAAUAUUUUCAUAAUAUUUUAGGUAAAACCUAUAGAAUUUAGUAAUUUAUAUGUAUUAUCUAUAAUGGACGCCUUUAAAAUACAACCCUAGUUAAUUAAGUUUUACAUAAUUAUAUUUUGUUUUCCUACCAUUAAUAAGCAUAUACAUUAUUAAUAAGCUUCUAUUGUUUCAAUGACCAAAUUUUAAUAACUGUUAACUGCCCUACCAUUUUAGUUUUCUACCUUUUUUUUAAAUAUUUUUAUUAUAUUAUUUUAACUUUUAAUAUUACAAUGAGAAUUAUUGUGUUUAAGUGGUUUGUUGUGCUAUUUAAUGAAAAUCUGGUCAAGUGCCUAAAUGGUUUUUUUUUUUUUUGGUUUUUAAUACCAGAUUCUCGUGUGUACUAAAAUUUAAUUAACCUUAAUCCUUGAAGAACAUUUAUGAUUAGCAAGAUGGAUGGUAUCAUAUGCUCUUUAAAACCUACUUACGAAAAUGGUUUUUGAAAUUGUAAAACAUUAUUUUAACUUUCAAUAUUUGUUUAACAAUAAAAAUGGCUUUUGUUUUUAAAGCGCCUCUACUCAAAAUUUGUUUUCUCUAUCUAUCUUGAAUGUAGUAUAGCAAC